UUUUUUUUCAUUCGAAAAAAAGGCAUUAUUUUUAUAUCAUUAUUAUCAUCUUCUUCAAGAUCUCAGAGAAGAAGAACCAACCUCAACCAAUCAUGGCGAAUUUGGAUCAAUCCCAGUUCAGCGACAACGAAGACGAUUACGAACUUCCUCUCACUCAAACACCAUCUCUUCAACCUCUUUCAGACUCCAAUACCACCAAUACUCAACGACCUUCCAAGAAACCCAAAACCAAAACGACUGCGUUUCCUGGCAAAGAAAACAUUCCCCCUUUGGAUGAUAAUUCUAGUUUAGAUUUCGUUCCUUCCACCUUAGAUCCUGAUUCCACCGCUCAAACCGUUUGUUCUUCUUCUGCUUCUCAACUGAAGAAGAUUAACAAACGCGCUUAUUUUCAUAAUUCAUUAGAGUCUAGGUUGGUUGCAUCGAGAGCGAAUGUUUUCGAUUAUGGAGAGUCCGGUUCGAAGGUGAAUUUUGAUGGUUCCGUUGAUUGUCCUCUCUGUGGUGUUGAUAUUUCUAAUUUAACGGAGGAACAACGUCAUCUUCAUACCAAUGAUUGUCUUGAUAAAGCUGGAGAAGAUGUUGCUCUUCCUGGUGAUGAUGUGGGAGCUCAAUCUGCGGCUAACGUCUCUCCUGUUGUUGAUUGGCUACACGAUCUCGGUUUAGCUAAAUAUGAAGAAGUUUUCGCUAGGGAAGAAGUUGAUUGGGACACUUUGCAAUGGCUGACUGAAGAGGAUCUCUUAAACAUGGGCAUAACUGCACUUGGUCCCAGAAAAAAGAUUGUGCAUGCCCUGUCAGAACUCAGAAGAGGAUGUGCCUCUUCAAGUUCAAACGUGAAAAUUGGGGAUGCUGGGGUAGACCCUAGAAAGAGUAGAAACCAGAAAGGCAAAUCACAACAUGACAAAUCUGAAAGGAAAGCCAACGAAAAUGUUAAACCAGCAGCAAACAAAUUAAUUACUGAAUAUUUUCCGGGAUUUGUUACCAAAGAGAAGAAAGCUUCUGGCCCUUCUGCAGAACAACAUGAAACAAAAAAUAGUGACUCGGUUUCUGAUCGAAAGCGCAAAGCAAAAGAUAUAUCCACAAGUGCAAAGAUUCGUGAUGUUCCUAAAUGGUGUGCCAUACAAGGAACACCUUUCCGAGUUGAUGCUUUCAAAUACCUAAGAGGAGAUUGUUCGCACUGGUUUCUCACACACUUCCACAUGGACCAUUAUCAAGGUCUCACCAAGUCAUUCAAUCAUGGAAAGAUCUAUUGCUCCUCUGUUACAGCUAGACUUGUAAAUAUGAACAUGGGAAUUCCAUAUGAUAAAUUACACAUUUUGCAUCUAAACCAAAAAGUUGAAAUAGCUGGUAUUGGUGUGACUUGCUUGGAUGCCAACCAUUGUCCAGGUUCCAUAAUGAUACUCUUUGAACCUCCGAAUGGUAAGGCUGUACUUCACACAGGUGAUUUUCGUUAUAGUGAAGAAAUGGCAAACGACCCUUUCAUGCGAAUAUGUCCUAUUGACACUUUAAUUCUUGAUACCACAUACUGUAACCCACAGUACGACUUUCCAAAACAAGAGGCUGUAAUACAAUUUGUUAUUGAUGCCAUUCAAGCAGAAGCUUUUAAUCCCCAGACUCUUUUUCUUAUUGGCAGCUAUACAAUUGGAAAAGAAAGGCUAUUCUUGGAGGUUGCUCGUUCACUUCGCAAAAAGGUUUAUGUGACUGCAGCAAAGUUACGCCUUUUAAAAUGUUUGGAAUUUACGGAGGAGGAUAUGCAGUGGUUUACUUCCAAUGAGCAUGAAAGCAACAUUCAUGUUGCCCCUAUGUGGACACUUGCAAGCUUCAAAAGAUUGAAGCACAUAUCAAGUCAAUAUGCGAGUCGGUUCAGUCUUAUAGUUGCUUUCUCUCCUACUGGUUGGACAUUUGGCAAAGGUAAGAAGAAGUCUCCCGGAAGAAGGUGGCAGCAGGGUACUGUUAUAAGGUAUGAAGUUCCUUACAGUGAGCAUUGCAGCUUUACAGAACUUAAAGAGUUUGUAAAUUUUUUAUCUCCCAAUAAUAUUAUACCGAGUGUGAAUAAUGAUGGACCUGAAUCUGCCGACGCAAUGAUUUCUUCUCUCAUGUCAACUUGAUUUGUGCACCAAAGGGGGUUCAGUCUACCCUUGUGGCAUCUGUGAUGAACAUUAAAUAAAGAUCUAACAAUUUUAUCAUACCUUUUACAUUUAAGGACACAUUUUCUAAGGAAAAAGAGAAACUGCUUACUUUUGUUUCAGCAUAUUUGAGAAUCAGGAAGUUGAUUGAUCAAAAUUCAUACUAGGGUCUUUGUUGUAAUGCUUGUGCAAUAUGAGCAGCAGUUAUUCCAAUCAAUUUUCAGAGGUAAACAUGUGAAAGGGAGAAAGUAUAUAUUUUAGCAGAGGAUAUCAUAUCAUCUUGCUUAUUUUCAUGCGGAAGUGUCCACAUUUUGCUCAACUGUAAAAUAAAAUCUGAAGUAAUUGCUGUUUACGACAGGAUAAGUUGGAAAGUUUUACAUCCCCUUCUCUUUUUAAUCCUAAAUUAUACCAGGGUGGAGCUUGUGAAAGUUCUUGCUGCACUGCAACGUGUUGGUUUCACCGGGAUUCACCAGAGUCGUUAUUGUUUGAGACCACUAACAUUUGGUUGCAGAAAAUUAUGCUUAGCUCCUUAAACAACCUUUAUAGCCUGUAAUAAUAUUCUUAAAUGUAACGAUGCUCCUGCACUUUAAAUUUGCUGCUUGUAUACUACAGUACAUAACAAUUACUUGCUGCCUGUAUUAUGUAUAAUGCCUAUAAUGUACUGAUUUUAUUCAGUUGCCAA